CUGUAUGUAUGGUCUCCGCAAGAACUGAAGAAGGCCCAGCCGACCCGAGCCAUGUGUGUCGCUUUCGUACUCCUUCCCUGAGAUAGAGAAGGCGAAGCAAACAUAGCACCACGUUACAAGGAAAAGGAAAAGGGGAAGAUUUGCAAUAUUAUGGACUUGGCUUUCCGUUCACCCUUGUACCUACCAUCACCAUCUACCACUACUACUACUACUACAAGGAGGCCAAAUUACCUGGUUAGGCCUUUAAGAUCAACCACCUGGAAACUCUCCAUGUCCAUGACCAUACCUUCAGCUCAGGUUGCAUAUGAUUCUGUGUUAGAGAACAAAAAGCAUCAACUUUUGAACUCUCUCCAAGACACACAAAGGGGGCUCUUGACAACUCCUGACCAACGCUCUUCUAUCGAGGAGGCUCUGGUGAAUGUAGAGGGGUGCAACAUGGGUGAGCCUAUCAAUUUGGCCAUGUUGGAUGGAACAUGGUGCCUCCAGUAUACUUGUGCUCCUGAUGUUCUCAUUCUUCUGCAAGCUGCUGCUACACUUCCUUUCUUUCAACUACUAACAUUCCUGCAUUCUGUUGGGCAGAUCUUUCAGAAAUUUGAAUGUCGUGAUCAAUCUAAUGGAGGUGUUAUCCGUAAUAUUGUCUGGUGGAGUAUUCCAAAUUUGUUAGAGCAACAAGAAGGUGCUACAUUGCUUGUAUCAGCCAAGUUUUCUGUUGUAUCUGUACGCAAUAUCUAUCUCAAGUUUGAAGAGAUAACAGUUCAAGAUAUAAAUAUUAGUGAAGAGCUGCAGGCUCUAAUAGCUCCAGCAAUACUGCCACGAACUUUUAUAAGUCUGCAGAUCAAAACACUACUUGGGGAUUAUGAUGCCAUCCAUGUUCGUCGUGGGGAUAAAAUAAAGACCAGGAAGGAUAGAUUUGGCGUAGUAAGGAGUCUCCACCCUCACCUAGAUAGGGAUACUCGGCCUGAGUUUAUGAUAUGUAGAAUAGCAAAGUGGGUCCCUCCUGGAAGAACCUUGUUUAUUGCUUCAAAUGAAAGGAUUCCAGGGUUUUUUUCAUCGCUUUCCGUCAGGUACAGAUUGGCAUAUUCGUCAAACUAUAGCCAUAUCUUGGAUCCAUUGAUUGAGAACAAUUACCAAUUAUUCAUGAUCGAGAGGUUUUUAAUGAUGGGUGCUAAAACGUUCAUUAGAACAUUCAAGGAAGGUGAGACAGAUCUUAGCCUCACUGAUGACCCGAAGAAGAACACUAAAGUUUGGCAGAUACCUGUUUACAAUGGGGAUGAAACUUGCUGACAUCUACACCUCGUAUGCUAAAAUUAAUAUGCGAUGCAUGCCCGAAAUAUUUAUGAAGAAAUUAAUGUUGAGGGGAAAAUGAGAGGGUAUCUUUGUUGUAAAUUAUGAUGUUACCUACGGUCAAAAUUUCAUUAAUUCAUUAAAUGUAUGUACUUGUGUCACAGCAAAGCCGAAGUGACCACAAAUUUUGUUGCUGGACACUAGUUUGUGUGCACUAGUCUUGACCCAAAACUAGGCUUUAUACACGUAAAAUUCUGCUCUAGUAUCACCCCAAAGAAUUGCCCAACAAUUGACCCUUUAUUCUUGCUCGGAGUAAACCAUCAGAGAUGGUGUAAACAAAUCUGCAAGGUUCUUCCUCUGGAUCCAUUGGAGUGUUGAUAGGGGCUCAUUAGCGUUGUUGUUCUUGGCUUCCUCUGGAUCCAUCACGGUUUAGCUGCCCUAUUGAAUGGUGAAGCUAGAAGCAGUUUCCCGUUUCAUGGUCGAAUACUCCCAGGAACUUGUAGAGUAUUGGGUAAAUUCUUUUACCAAAUAUGACAAAAAGUAAUCUAUUUUCAUUAUCUUUAUGAUUAUUUCCCCCCUCCUCGGUAAGGGAGUUGCACAGAAAAUAUAUUCCAUGAUUGCACCUUUCUUGUAAUCGGAAUAAUAAUUUGAGUCCAAGUU